CUCCAGUUCCUGGAGUUGGAACUAUGUCCUUGAAACUGCGUGCGGUCAUAAUGCUUCAUUACGUCUUUCGCAAGCACAGUCUUCAGUUCCUUUUUAUAGCAACUCUAAAUGAGAACCAGAUACCAAACACAGAGGUCUGUUUAACAGCGCAGUCGUUGCGAAUAUUACGGAAAACAUGAAUUCGACAUGUUUGAAACUUCUUUUGCUUCAGGUUUUUGGCGUGGUUGACUUUUGUUUGGGGCAAUAUGUAACAGAUACAUGUGCGGUAGGGUCAGGAUCAGUGGUGCCACCUGCCAAGAUAGGCUACACCAGUGCCAGAAAUGACAGUUCAGCAUGCACGUGGGAAAUAACGGGACAACCGGGACAGGUACUAGUGCUCCGUAUAUCGUUUAGUGGAACAUUUCGACAUGAAUGGAUCGAAAAAUGUACUUUGGCAUACGUGGAUAUCGUCCAGAGCAAUUCGAACCUUAGACAGGGCAGGUUUUGUGGCAACACAAACCCACGGUAUUAUCAAUACAUAGAUGGCGGGGUGCGGAUAAGAUUUGUGACCCACAUGAAAGGCGUACAACUUAACAUUUUGGUCUAUAAUCGAGGUACUAGUGCUCCGUAUAUCGUUUAG